CCCCACCGCCGGGACAUGGCCACGGAGCCUCCGCGGCCGGCGGGGCGCCCCGAGGGCGGGCGCGGGUGCUGCGCGGGCGGCGGGCGCGGCGAGACGGAGGAGGCCGAGGCCGCGGCCCAGCCGGUGCUCGGCGCCUCUCCGGGCCCCGCGGCGGCGGGGGGCGGCCGGCGGCGGGCGCUGAACGGAUGCGUGCCGCUGUCGCACCAGGUGGCCGGGCACAUGUACGGCAAGGAUAAAGGCGGCAUACUGCAGCAUCCAGAUGGAACUGUACUGAAGCAGUUGCAGCCACCACCUCGUGGUCCCAGGGAGCAAGAGUUCUACAACAAGGUUUAUGACGCUGAAUGUUGCGACAGCAUUCUUCUGGAGCUGCGGGAAUAUCUGCCAAAAUACUUCGGUGUCUGGUCACCACCUACUGCACCAAAUGACACAUACCUAAAACUGGAAGAUGUGACCCGUAAGUUUAAUAAGCCCUGCAUAAUGGAUGUAAAAAUUGGUCAGAAAAGUUAUGAUCCAUAUGCUUCAGCGGAGAAGAUCCAGCAGCAGGUCAGCAAGUACCCACUGAUGGAAGAGAUUGGCUUUUUGGUUCUUGGCAUGAGGGUGUACCACGUGUCUUCAGACAGCUAUGAGACACAAAACCAGCACUACGGAAGGAGCUUGACCAAGGAAACAGUCAAGGACGGCAUCUCAAAGUUUUUCCACAGUGGGUACUGCUUGAGAAAAGAUGUGGUAGCUGCCAGCAUUCAGAAGGUUGAGAAGAUUUUGGAGUGGUUUGAAGGCCAGACACAACUCAACUUCUACGCAAGCUCACUGCUGUUUGUCUAUGAAGGUUCAUGUCCAGCGACAACCGUGCAGUUGAGUGAUGUCACCUUGGCAGAGAAGAGGAGAGUACCCAAAGGCCUGUUAUCUGGUGGAGAUGUAUUGGAGUAUAAUAAUAAUAUUCAUGUAAUAAAUUCGACAGAGAAUGGAAAAAUCGAAGCCUCUGUAGGUAAAGGCUUGUCGAAAUUUUAUGCACUUCACAAAAAGGCGUGCUCGAAGAGGCACCACAGUCAGCUCUCCCUGAAAGUCGAAAACUCAGAGCAAGACAAUGUGUGGAAAACCAGCACAUGCAUCACACAGGAGCACCUGAAUGGAAAUGUUCUACCCCAACUGGAAAAAGUUUUCUAUCACAUGCCAGCAGAGACCAAGGAAAGUGCAAAUGUCGAGGUCCGAAUGAUCGAUUUUGCUCAUGUGUUUCCCAGCAACACAAAGGAUGAGGGCUAUAUUUAUGGUCUGAAGAAUCUCAUCACAGUACUGCAAAAUAUUUUGGAUAACUAAAUUCUUUGCUAUGUUUUUUAUUGGGGGCCAAUGAUAAAGAGCAACAACAUGAAGAAUUUCUGCACUUGUAAUGCUGUAUAACUGGGUUUGUAUUGUUCUAUAUUUUAUUUGUCUUUGUACUUUUGGUAGAAGGGUUUAACUUUUUAUAAUUUCACUCAGGAAAAAUAUUGAUAGUUAAUUAGAAAGUGUGAAAGGAUGAAGAUACUUGAGAUAAAGCAGGAUAGUUAAAUUAAUAGAAUGAAAUGUAGUGGUUGGCUUAAGUCCAAGGACUACCAGGAGCAAGGGUUAUGUUAAUUCCUCUAAUGACUUUAGCAUAGAUGACAUUUUUGCCCAUUUAGCCUUGACACUGAGCCACAUCUCCAUUAAGAGGUGUUUAGAAAAUAGACUGAAAGUUGUAAGGUGCAGGAUUGAUGUCCUCAGUACUGCCCUUGUGUUUACUGUAUUUGAAUAACUGGAGUAACUCUGCUUGGAGAGAAAUCCCAUUCUGAGUCAGCAGUCUCACCUGAAGCCAGUGCAUCCCAAAGUGCUUUUCCAUGUCAUGGGACAAUAUUGUUGUUCUUUCUGCCCUUCCCCCUUCGUGGAUGUCGAAGCUGAUGUUCACCACAGAUGAGCUACCAUGUAAUUUGUUUUGAGGUGCUAAGAAAAUGCUGGAGUACCAUACCAUAACAGGCUUAAACUGCACAACUUCUAGAGAAACUGUUUGUUUCUAAGAACAAGUGAAAGAAGGCAAAUGCAAGAUGUUCCAGGAACUGAUUUGGUUUAGGAGAUUGUCAGUUUGUUAAUGGAGUGUCUGAUGCUGUGAUUAAGGAAAAUGUCUCACUCUGUUGUUCUCAUGGCCCUUUUCCAACAACAUUGCUUUAAAAAGCAAACCAGUAGAAUGGGGAAACAAGUGUUUUGGGUGAGCAUGCAGAGCUCUGCUGGCUGUAAGCCACUUGCAUUUUUGCAGUGAGUAUUUGAUGCUCCAGCUGCUGGGGAAUACUGACUGGAACCUCAAGCAAUAGAAGGCAGAGGAGCCUCCUGCGAGAUCCUUCAGUCUCGGAGCCGCCAGCUGUGCCACCGCUUGUGCCAGAGGAGCUGUGGCUCUCUGUCUCGGGCUGCUGACACAUCAAGUUUGUUUAAUGACACACAGGCAAGCUGUGUGACUUGAAAGCUGUCCCAUUUCCUUCCUUUUCACAAGAAAGUGUCACCAUUUGUAUGGAAUACUUGAGAUCAAGAUGAUUUAUCCAAAGCAGUUUUGGUGUGUCUCUUCUGUAUGCUGUGUAGGUGGCUGUGCUGCCAUGAAUAUUACAGUGAGCUGUAUGAAAAGUGGGAAUGGAGGAGUCCUGCCAUCCCUAGAGCAAGAUUUUAAAGCUUAAAGCCUUUCCAGGACGAAAAUGUUUUAGAAUGGAUUUGGUCAUUGGAAGCAUACAUCUUUUUCAUGUGGACUUAGUGACCCUGUGGCCUUGCUGCUCUCUCUGUAUGAUGUUCUGCACUAUGCACUCAGCUGUGUACACAUCUUGACAAGUUCUUCAUUGGACAUCUGUUUUUUACAUGACAAAGAGAUGCAUACUUUUUCAAGCAAAUACGCUGUUUUAAAUAAAGCUGAAUUUUUAGCUCUAUUUGAGAACUUGGGUUAAUUGGGAGAAACAGGGUAUUACUACGUGUAGAAUUACAUGGUUUAAACUUUAGAACUCAUAUUGGCCAUUGCAUUCAAUAAUGAAACCGAUCUUUUAGUAACAUAAUGUUUUAGAAGUAUGGAAAAAGGGGCUUGCAGGAAGGGUGAGACCAGUGUGUUAAAAAUUUUAUGUGAAAUACAGUGAAGUCUGAGGGGGAAAGUACCAGGAAGAGAGGAACUUUUUUCCUACCUGGUAUUUCUCUUGCACCUUAUAGUUAAUAUAUUCCCAACCCUCUGUGAAUUAAUUUAAGCCAUAUUCUAGAAAGAGUUUGUGGUUUUGUUUGCUUUGUCACUGGUUUCUGUGUUAUGAUUUUUGUUGUUCUAUCCCUUAAAUAGUCAACACUAUAGUAGUCCAGACUGGUAGUAGCCUUGUAUGAUAAAGGUACAAGGGUUUAUAGGAAAAUAUGGACAAAAACAUUUUAACAUCAUAAUUUUUGUUCUCUGUAAUUCAUCUCUUCUGGGUUUUUAUCCAUUUUGUACCGGAGAAAUGAGGCAUUUUCCUCAAGUCAGUUAUUGGAAAAUGAUUAGUAUGCACUUAGUACCAUGCACUCUCCUGUCUCUGCUUUAAGAUACAUGUCCUCAGUGUUUGAAUGCUCUUUAAGUAUUGAUUGUUUUGUUGGCUAUGGCAGUAUUUGUAACAUGCCUGGAAUAUUGUCAACCUGUCAGAAUAUUUUGAAUAAAAAAAAAAAUUUAUCAUGGUUUUUGUACCAGCAGUUAUUAUGAAUGUAUUUCUGAUAAUUUAAAAUGUAGCUUGAGAAGUAACAGUAUUUUUCAUGGGAAAUUGUGUAAAUAAAGCUUAUGUGGAGAUGUUUGGGCACAGUACCAGCUGUGAGUUUGAGCCUGCAGAGGCCUUAUAUUCACACUUCUUGCAGAUUUUAGGCUCGGUGUGUCUUGUGUCUGAGCCAAUUGUUUUCAGUUUCAGUUGGAAAUGUAUUCACAGAAAUGAUUAAACAGAAUAUGUAAUUAGAAGAUGAAGAGGGAGAGUGGGUCACUGAACUGAUGCACUCUCAAUGACUGAUCUCCCUCCCUCUCAGCAAUGCCCCUUUUGUUCUCUGGACAUAGUAUACAGGACAGGCAACCACUACAUGGAAAUCUUCACAGGAAUGGUUAUAAGGCUUGUAGGUGUUUAUGUCCCAUAAAACAGCGGGUUGCUGUCCCAGACUAGUGUGGUGUAGCUGGGUGCCAGGUCUGCUGAGGAAACUCAUGAUUUUAAGCAAUAAGAGUUGGGUUUAGCAGAGCCAACUCUCAAAGAGGAAGAACUCACGCAGCAUUGUCAGUCAUGGACUCUGAAAAUAGAGGCUUCUGCUUAGGUGGUGUGAGGACUGUGCUUAGGAAUACCUAAGGAGAACUUGAGUUGUAUAAAGUUUUAUGAAAAGCAUUUACAAAUGUAUUUUUGAAUAUGGGUGAAAUUUGUUGCAUAAAUUGCAUUGGAAGUUACUAUGCCACUCUAAGAUACUUAAAAUAAUUUAAUCAAUUUGUUUUAUGAACUGAACUGGAGACUUUACUGGUAGUUGUGAUUCUGAUGAAACUUGCACUGUUUGUUUUUUUCCUACUGUAAUGUAUAACCAGGUUAUUCUUUUCCAUAAUCUCACAGUUUCAUGGGAAACUUUUAAAAGUACUGAGCAGAUUAGGAAAUCACUAUUUUCCAUUAAUUUAACAGAGUGCAUAAUGUUCUUCAAAUAUUUCAGUGCAUGUAAUAUUGUAAGUAAUGUUAACAUGCUACAGAUCUAGAACCCCAGUAAAACUUCCUCACCUGCAGAGAGCUCUUGAUGUGAUCUGGAUUGUGCGGAGUUUAAAAUGGGCCUCCUCAGCUGUAAGAGCAGCAGUGGUGAAGGAAUGGUGUCACCUGCGCUGACUGUGUCAGCUGUGCAGGAGUGUUCACGUUAUGAACCCAAAAUCAUUGGAGAUGAUGGAAAUUUGUAUUUCCUACAAAGCUUAUGCCUCAUAACUCCUCUCGAAGUGCUGCUUCUGAAAAACACCGUGAGAUGCCUCAAAUACUGUGGGGAUCCACUCUCCCCUGAAAGAGCAGGAGUGGUGCUGAUGGGCAGCACGACCCGAGGGGAGACUGGAUUGUAGGCUUUGAGUGAGUUCUUUACUCAGGAGUUGCAGAGGAUGUUCUGGGGGCAAGGUGAGUGACAGCUGAACUGUGUGGAGUUUCCCUUCCCUCACUGCAGCUCAGGAGGAGGUUUGGGUUUAAGGAGGUGGUACAGCAGAGAGCAGUGAGAGUUCCUAAGGAGCCUUGAGCAGGACACUGGGUCUGUGCUGUAGCACAGAGAAUGGCUACAGGUGACAUCCAAAGGCUGCAGAUCUCCAGGUGGCCCACAGAGGGAAUGUGUUGUGUUUAUUCAUUGGGUUAAAAAAGGAUGUUAUCUGGCAAGUGCAUUCAUCACCAUAGCCACGGGCCAAAUCGUGGCUGUUUUUCAUGUUCACAGCAAUCUAAAUGGAAGCUGCAGUAGCAAAUUGUCAUUUAAAGGGCAAAUAUAUUUGAAAGGGGAAAAUAAGAGUUGUACCACAGAAAACAUGUUUCAGUAAAUAUCUUUUACUCUGGUCUUGUUUAGUGGAGAUAGGCCUUGUGAAUUUGGGGUCUAAUUUGUUACAUGAUGUUUAGUAGCAAAGUCAGAACAAAGGUACUUCUAAACACCUUAGUUUGAAUUGUGGACAUUGGUUUAAGUAGUUAUUUUAUUUCAUCGCUCACUUUUUAAAAAAGAAAGUAACUUCCAAACACAUGUAUUGCACCUGACUAAAUGAAACUACAGUGCACAAACGCACUUUAAUCCUCUGGGAACUGUACUGGAACAUAGAUGAAACCAUAUGAAACUGCACCUGAUGCUGUGUUGUUAAUUGUUUCUGAGAUUUAAAGUUCUACAUUCAUUAUGUUGGUGAAUGAAUGUGUCUAGUCUAGUCUCAGUUUCUUUGAUCCAAGUGUCUAAAGCUGCCCCUCAAUCUCCUCUGAACUGUAUGUGUUUGUAAUUUCAUUUGCUAUUUUCUGACAUUCCUGGACCACAGGGAGUAUUGUUAAUAUUACCCAUGUUUAUUUUAUAGAACAUUGUACUGUGGUAUCUACCAACUUUUGUAACUUAAUUCUUAGUGAUUUAGGGUCAUUCUAAUAGCUGUAUAUUUGGCAAAUUAUUAAAAUUUUCUGCAAGUGA